AUGAGUGAAGUGACUCCACCACUGUCUGCCUCAAAAAGACAAGCAUGCGUCCCGUGUCACGUGCGCAAGGUCAAAUGUGAUGCCACCGAGAUUGGGUUCCCGUGUAGCAACUGCCAGAGUGCAUCACGAGAGGACUGCCGGCUGCACCUGAAGCGCAAGCGGACGUCAGCCAAGCUGCCGGGUCGGGGCGCCGAGCCCGUCCGUUUGCCAGUCGCCGUGCCCACGAGCAGUACGAGAACCACAACCACGAGCCCGCAAGGGUCGGCGUGCUCGCCUAGGACGACGGCGACGACAGCAUCGACAACAACACCGAGGCCUGUCCCCAAGGUCGAGGUCGCCAAUCUGCUCAAUGUGGACGAGGCGUCCGUCGACAGCGACUAUCUCUUCCAGAGACACUUGGCCGAGUUCAUGGACCAGCCGCAUCUCACGGAACGGCCCAUUGAUCGUCAUGCGAGGACCAUGUAUGUGGGGACCGAUGUGUCCAAUCUGAGUUUCCUGGUUCGCCAGCAGUUUGGGGAAAAAGUUGAAAACGUAUCACAUUUCCCGACGGAUCGCAUCGCGCGGCGGCAUACCUGCCACGAUCCUGACCGUCUCCCCCUCGAGGCGUUCCAGCUGCCCGAAAAGGGCAUCGUGGAUCGGCUUCUCCGAGCUUACUUUACGCACAUCAAUCCGGGGUUCCCCGUUGUCGACGAGACCAUAUUCAUGAAGCAGUACGAAUCCAAAGAUCCAGAUAAUCCACCCUCGCUACUCUUGUUGCAUGCAAUAUUGCUGGUUGGAGCACAUGUCUGCUUUGAUCAGCCAAACCGGGAACAUCUCAAAGCCACCUUCUUUCGACGAGCCAAGAGUCUCUUUGAUGCCCGGUUUGAGCGGAAUCGAGACACUAUUGUCCAAGCAGCAUUGCUGUUGACCUGGCACGCUGAUGGACCAGAGGAUGUCGUGGCAAACGCCUGGUACUGGCUAGGGAUCGCUGCCCGGACGGCCACGGGUAUGGGCAUGCACCGAGAUGCUGAGAACAGCACUCUGGUGCCACACGUCAAGAGAAUGUGGCGGCGGGUAUGGUGGUUGCUGUUCCAGUGCGAUACGCUCGUGUCUCUCCAAUACGGUCGUCCGCCGGCCAUCAACCUGGCAGACAGCGACGUGCAACGACUCAAGCCGUCCGACUUUGAAGAUUGCGGGCCCAACGCCCGUGUCCAGUACGUCAUGCACGCCUCGGAGCUGUGCAUAAUCAUCUCGGAGGCCCUGCGACAACGCUUUCGUCUCCGGGCCACGGCCGAGGACCGCCAGGACAUGCUGAGAAGGACGGACGAGGACCUGGCGACGUGGGCCCUGCGCCUGCCGACGUCUCUGCAGUUGCACCUCGGCCCCCGUCUCGACCUGUGGGCGGCGAACCUGCAGCUCAUUUACAACACGGCGCUCAUCCUCCUCCACCGCACCCGAUCGCACCCCCCGUCCUUGCGGGCGCAGGGCGAGGACUCGGAUAUUUGCAAGACGGCGGCCGGCGUCGUGCAGGAUUUGUUUCAAUGUCUGUGCGAGAGGCACGAGACGAAAUAUCUCUGGACGUCCAGCAUCAACUGCUUGUUCACGGCCCUGAUUGAGCUGAGCGCCGAGGUGCGCUUGUUGAAUCCCGUUCUGGCCAUAUCUGCGCUGCGGAGGUAUGACUCUGCCCUCUUUUCGCUGCGGGAGCUUGCGAGAUUUUGGCCAAAUGCGCAAACCGUCUUGCACUUUUUUGAGAACUCUGUCAAGUUACAAGAGAAGUCCGAGCCAGUACCUAUAAAUAAUGCCGAAGUUGUAACGGAAGCACUAAGCAAACCCUCAAAUCCCAACGUCCGUCGAGGUUCGGUAGAAGUGGAAGGCGAUGAAACUAGCGAUGAUGCACAGGCACAAGAAGAAGCUUCACUUGACAUGGAUGCCGGCACAUCUGCAAGAUCAGGGCUGCCAAACGCCAAUUCAAACUGGGAGGACCAGAAUGAAUCACGUACAACGGAUCAAGGCGUGGACAAACGGAAUUAUGCGCAAGAGGAAUUUGAAUCUUGGAGCGACUGGCGUCAUGCAUAUUGGCAACAACCAGAAUUUGAGAGCGAGUUCCUAUUUACAUUUUAA